CAUCUGCAAGUUGGCAAGUACAACUGUGACGGGAGUGUUUAGUGUUGAUUGGAGUAGCGUGUGAUAUUUAUGUCUUUUCGUGUUUUUUAUAAUGCCGUAUUUAGUGAAGUGCAAAUAUUUGGAAAUUGAUGAAUGAAAUAGCCUUUGAUGAGCGAGUGUAUCGAAGGAAAACUCAAUAAAAAUGAAGGAAAUUUAUCAUAUCAAUCACAACAAACACCUCUUUCAUCUGAAUGCUCAACUGUAGGAAUAAAUAUCAUUCAACAUGAAGUCCAGGGUACCUCAAUUUGGGAAUUUGUUGUGUUGGAGGAGAAUGCAGCACCCUUUUGUUAUCAUAAAUCCCUUUACGAGUAAUUUUGCUCGACUGCUUUACUAUGUUCCUGCCUCAAGCAUAUCAUGUUACCUUAGGAUAGGUUAGAAUAUUAAAAAUGCAGGCUAAGAAAAGAUAUUUACUGGUGUUUGUGUCUUGUGCUUUUUUAGCCUAUUGUUACUUUGGUGGAUAUCGACUGAAAAGUGAAAUUAGUGUUACCGAAAUUAACUUCCUUCCAGAUUUCGUCGAUCUGAAAGCUAUUAGAACAGGUAGUGCAAUUAGGCAUAAAGAAAGACCCAUAAGUGAAAGUACAAAUGAGUGUCGAAUGGAGACUUGCUUCGAUUUUAGUCGAUGUCACAAGGAUUUCCGUGUCUACAUCUAUCCACCAGAUGACAGUUUGGUUCCCAGUCAUUCCUAUCAAAAGUUAUUAAGCGUACUGGAAGAAUCGCGAUAUUAUACGAAUGAUCCUACGAAGGCAUGCUUGUUUGUUCUAAAUUUAGAUACCUUAGAUAGAGACCGUUUAAGUAACGACUAUGUACGAAAUCUCCAAAUACGAAUACAACGGUUACCAUAUUGGAAUAACGGACAAAAUCAUGUUAUAUUUAAUCUAUAUUCGGGUACGUGGCCAGCAUAUGCGGAGAAUGGCUUAGAUUUCGAUACGGGAACGGCUAUUCUUGCUAAAGCCAGUGUUUCGAUUAAUAGUAUUCGGUCUGGAUUUGAUAUUAGUAUACCCCUUUUCCAUAAGAAGCAUCCCGAGAAAGGGGGAGAACCUGGUUUUGUUAUUAGUAACAAUUUUCCACUAAAUAAAAGCUACUUACUUGCCUUCAAAGGAAAACGAUACGUUCAUGGGAUAGGAUCGGAAACUAGGAAUGCACUUUUUCAUCUUCACAAUGAAAGGGAUAUCGUUAUGGUGACCACCUGUCGACAUGGGAAGAGCUGGAAAGAUAUGAAGGAUGAACGAUGCGAUGAAGAUAAUAAGGAGUAUGAUAGAUAUGAUUACGAGGUAUUGCUGCAAAAUUCCACCUUUUGUUUGGUUCCACGUGGGCGUCGCCUGGGUUCAUAUCGUUUUCUCGAAGCUCUACAGGCUGGUUGCAUUCCCGUUCUCCUUUCCAAUGGAUGGGCGCUUCCAUUCGCCCAAGUAAUUGAUUGGAGUAAGGCCGUUGUAUGGGCAGAUGAACGAUUGCUACUUCAGGUUCCAAAUACUGUACGCUCCAUUUCGCCUACGAAAAUUUUGGAAUUACGUCAGCAAACUCAAAUAUUGUGGGAAAAGUAUUUUUCCUCGAUUGAAAAGAUCGUUUUUACUACAUUAGAAAUAAUUAGAGAGCGCCUUCCAAAGCAAACUCCAAGAGAUGGAACAGUAUGGAAUAAUUCUCCUGGAGCGCUUCUUACUCUGCCCCAAUUCUCAGACUCUCCUCUACAGUUUCCAUUCACAAUGGAAGAAGGCGUGGAUCAGUUUACCGCUGUGAUCUACUGCCAGCUAGGUUCCUUGGUAAUUUCCUCGUCUCCUCUUUACCGUCUUAUUAUCAGUGUUGCGCGUAGCAAAUAUGUCGCCAGAAUAAUUAUUGUGUGGUCUAAUGACAAGACUCCACCUCCAAAAGGGCGUUGGCCAUCUCUUCCAAGACAUGUUCCAUUAACGGUGCUGCAAUUUUCUUCCGAUCCAAGUAAGCCUAGUAUUUCGCAAAGAUUUUAUCCACAUCCUCUAAUUCAAACCUCUGGAGUGUUGUCAUUAGACGAAGAUACCGUUUUAACGACGGAUGAGGUGAACUUUGCUUUCAAGGUGUGGAUGCAGUUUCCCGAUCGGAUAGUGGGGUAUCCAGCCAGGUCUCAUUAUUGGGACGACGCCAAGGGUUCCUGGGGUUAUACGUCAAAGUGGACUAAUGAUUAUUCUAUAGUUUUAACUGGCGCAGCAUUUUAUCAUCGCUAUUAUAAUAUUUUAUAUACUGAAUGGCUUAGUCCUUUGUUGCAUAAGACAGUGGAACAAAGUCAAAAUUGUGAAGACAUUUUAAUGAAUUUUCUAGUUAGUCAUGUAACUCGUCGGCCUCCUAUUAAGGUAACCCAGAGGAAACAGUACAAGGAGCAACCUCCCAGUGGUGGACGAUCGCCUUGGAACGAUCCAGAUCAUUUUAUUCAAAGACAGACUUGCCUUAAUACAUUCGCGGCUGUAUUCGGUUACAUGCCUUUACUCCGAUCCAAUUUACGUUUAGAUCCUGUGCUCUUUAAAGAUCCCGUGUCUAAUUUACGAAAGAAAUAUCGUCAAAUUGAACUGAUAGGUAGUUAGUUGUUAUUGUAAUUACUUGGCCAUUUUUAGUCCAGGAACUUUUAACAAAAAAUAUUCCCAAAAUAGAACUAAUGAUGUAGUUGAUUUUUGGUAGGGUGAUGAAUAAACAUAAAUAAUAAAUAAAUAAAAUAUAACAAAUUAUUUCCCUUGGUGAACAUUUGACAUAUUUAUUUCACUUGAUUGCUAUACACAAAACCAAUGUCUGAUUCAACUUUUGUGCAUUCUCAGGGAGUGUCUAGAUAAUCCAGUAAAUACUUGGGAGUCCCUUAUGUCUCGCGUUUAUAUAGUACGCAACAGAGCCAUUUUUUCACAUUUUAUUUUUAUUUUAUUUGCUGCUUGUAUUUGAUAUCAAUCAGGUAAUUAAUGGAUUACAUGCUCCAGAACAGCAUCCAGAUGUCACUACGAUCUUGCAGUAUAGUAUUAUACAUGUAUCUCUAACAUACAUAUUGUUAUUCUAUUUUUAAUGUAUUUUCUUAUUAUGUUGUGCAAAACAAAAGUGCGCGCACGCCAUCAAAUUUUUGAUGUUCUUAUACUGUAACAAUGCCACUUGUGAUUUAAAGUUGGAGUGUUUCAUUUAUAAUUUUUUUAAUUCUUCUUUUGCCAUUAAUCCACUAUAUUCGAAAACUAUACAAUAAUCUGCUUCGGAUAAGUCUUGGACUCACACUUCUCGCCUAGAGGUCUAUUCAUUUGAAAUGCAGUGGAGAAUUUUCAGAAAAUACUCACUUUACCAUACACCAACACCAAAUCAAAAAUUGGAUUUACAUCAUUUAAUUUUAUUUUUUACCUAAAGUUCGUGGACUACUUUUAAGUGAUUUUAGUAGAAAAUUUUAAAUUGUAUUAUAAACGAAAAAUGCUCAUUUAAAAUUAAUUGUACUUUUUCGAUGGAUCGCGCUUAGUUUUUUUUUGUUAUUUGCAAUUGAGGUAGCUUUAUAUGUUUACUAUUUUGUCUCUUGUGAACGCGGACCGUUAUACGAAACACAGGUACAAUGACGAAGUUUAUAAUUUUUUUAGUGAUUGUAGUAUUUAUUGUAAAAUAUUUUAUACAUGAAAAUUAUAAAGAGCAGCUAGAAACUGUGAGAUUGGCUGCUAUAUAUUGAUUGCCUAUUGUCUAAAGAGUAAUUAUGUAUUAAUGAUAAAAAUAAUAUUAGAUAAUAAAGCCAAAGUUUUUUAUGAACAUUAAAGUAUUGUCAUUCCAUGUAAUUUUUAAUGUAGUGCGUAAAUAUCAUUGCUGAAUUUGUAGUUCCUCAAUGGCAUUAUUAAUUUCGUACUUAAUGCUGGCGUUUGUGCCAUAAAAGCAAUAAUCUUUUGUUGAUCAUGAUUCAUGACAAUGCCAUAGGUUUGUUCUUUGCGUGAUAUUGUUGACCAAUCUAAAUUGUAGAUAUGAGUCUUGGAAGCAGUGUAACCAAUAGUCAUUUUACAUUUUAUUGACAUUUGUUAUUUUUGAUUUAAUUUUAUUUCUACGAAGAAAGGAUAUUUCCCUAUUUUUACGGUUGUUACAUCUAUAAAAAAUCGUAUAUAUAUAUAUAUAUUUCAUAAUUGUAAAUAUAUUUUUAAGAGUAACAGUACUAAAAAAAAAUAAUUAUUUGUUUGUCAAUUCAUGUAAAUGUCAUAGUACUGUGCUUGUAUAUUUUCUCCUAUGUUAUAUUUUGGUACAUAUACGUACUUUAAUUAAACUAAUAUUUUGUACAAUUUUGUAAACAUUUGCAUACGUAAAAUCAUUGUAAACAAUACAAUUAUAUAUAUAUCCAUAAAAGUGCUGAAAGCUGUUAUUUUCUUGGUAGUCUAGUAAAAUCAGAUAGAGCACAACUUGAAAAAUAAAGGAGCUGAAAGCAUA